GGGGGGGCUCCAGCCCCUCCGGCCGCGGGGAUCCCGCCGGGGAGCGGCCGAUUCUGCCGGGAAGCCGCUCGCAGCCCGGCAGGCAAGGCCAUUUUCCCGCUGGAGCUGCCCGGGUGGAGCAUCCCGAGGGAUGCAGGAGCUGUUUGUUACAUAAAUUCACUCAUCUCGUUUGGGUUUUGGGGGUUUUGUUUUCUGUUUUUUGGUUUUUUGGGUUUUUUUUUUCCUCGGCGUGGAUUUGAUGGCGGUAAAAAAAAUCAGCAGGGGUUGGGAUAAAAUCGUGGGGAUUUUGGGAGAGGAGACGCUGGGAUCGCCUUUGCAGGGGGGUUUGGCUGUAAAUAACGUUGUGCUUCCUCGCCAUCCUCCUCCUCCUCAUCGCCAGGGAGGAAUCGCAGAGCAGAACCUGCCCUGCCAAGGUGGGGUGGGGGGGACCCCAAAAACCCCACUGGGCUUUGGCAGCGCUUCUGGAAAUCCAAACGCUGCUGCUGCACCGGGAAAAUGCUGAUUUUUGGGGAUGUGGCUGCUGGAUCUGUGCAGGAAAAAAAAAUUUAAAAAAGGCAAAAAAUCAGCCCCAAACCUGAUAAAAUCUUUGGUGCCUUUAACCCCGGGAAUUCCUUCCUUUCCCCUCAAUUCCAAAUGCUUCCUUUAAAACCAACCUGCUCUUUCCUAAUGCUCCAUUCUCAGGUGUUUUGCAACAUAUUUCCUAUUUAUAAAUCACGGGCUCUGCCAGGCGGGGAAGGAACGUUUCAAGUUGGUGUUAAAUAUUCAUGAGCUCGUGUCAAUGACAGAGCACCCUGUCCCAAAACAUUCCUGCUCAGUUGGACAGGAACUCCUGCUCUUUUCUAGUCCUUGGUUAGAGCUUGUCAGGGAAAAGAAUCCGAGGUUAUUAUUUUAUCAAGCUUUUUAUUAUUAUUAUUUUUUUUUUUUUACAUUUUUAAGACCAAAACCUGGGAAUACAUUCCAAAGUACCUUCCAGUGCAGGUGUUUUGGUGCUGUGAGAUUUUGCAGAUGAUUGCAGCGGCUCCCUGAGAUGUCCCAGAUGUGAACAGUUUUUCCAAGGUGGUGAAGUUCCGCCGCACGGGGGAGAGCUCGAGGUCGGAGGAGGAUGGAAUUUCGGGAGAGCACGAGGUGCAGAUCGAGGGCGUGAGGACGGAGCUGGAGCCCGUGGAGCUGGGGGAUGGAGCUGCGGUGCCCAAGGAAUUCGCCAACCCCACCGACGAUACUUUCAUGGUGGAGGAUGCAGUGGAAGCCAUUGGAUUUGGGAAGUUCCAGUGGAAGCUCUCUGUCAUUACUGGAUUGGCAUGGAUGGCAGAUGCCAUGGAAAUGAUGAUUUUAAGUAUCCUUGCUCCUCAGCUGCACUGUGAGUGGCGCUUACCCAGCUGGCAGGUUGCAUUGCUCACCUCGGUGGUGUUUGUGGGAAUGAUGUCCAGCUCCACGCUCUGGGGAAAUAUUUCAGACCAGUAUGGGAGGAAAACAGGCCUGAAGAUCAGCGUGUUGUGGACGCUCUAUUAUGGGAUCCUCAGUGGAUUUGCUCCCAUUUACAGCUGGAUCCUGGUGCUGAGGGGCCUGGUGGGCUUUGGGAUUGGAGGAGUGCCUCAGUCGGUAACUUUAUAUGCUGAGUUCCUUCCAAUGAAAGCCAGAGCAAAAUGCAUUUUAUUAAUAGAGGUGUUCUGGGCCCUUGGGACUGUGUUUGAAGUGCUCCUGGCAGUGGUGGUGAUGCCCACGCUCGGCUGGCGCUGGCUCCUCAUCCUCUCUGCCCUCCCACUCCUGCUCUUUGCUGGCCUGUGUUUUUGGCUGCCAGAAAGUGCCAGGUAUGAUGUGUUAUCUGGGAACCAGGAGAAGGCUCUGGCCACUUUGAAGAGGAUUGCCACAGAAAAUGGAGCUCCAAUGCCCUUGGGAAAGCUGGUGGUUUCCAGGCAGGAGGACCGAGGCAAAAUGAGGGAUCUUUUCACCCCCCAUUUCCGCUGGACCACGUUGUUGCUCUGGUUUAUUUGGUUUUCCAAUGCUUUUUCAUAUUAUGGGUUAGUUUUAUUAACUACAGAGCUCUUCCAAGCAGGAGAUGUUUGCAGCAUAUCCAGCAGAAGGCAAGAAGUAAAAGCCAAGUGCAGCCUGACCUGUGAGUACCUGACAGAGGAAGAUUACACUGACCUGCUCUGGACAACCCUGUCAGAAUUCCCUGGUGUGUUGGUGACCCUGUGGAUCAUCGACCGCAUUGGCCGCAAGAAAACCAUGGCCCUGUCCUUCCUUGUCUUCUCCUUCUGCAGCCUCCUGCUCUUUCUCUGUGUUGGAAGGAAUGUUCUUACUGUGCUGCUCUUCAUUGCAAGAGCUUUUAUUUCAGGAGGAUUUCAGGCUGCCUAUGUUUACACUCCUGAGGUUUAUCCCACAGCCACACGUGCUUUGGGCCUGGGAACGUGCAGUGGAAUGGCCAGAGUGGGAGCCCUCAUAACCCCGUUCAUUGCACAGGUGAUGUUGGAAUCUUCAGUCUACCUGACUCUGCUGGUUUACAGUGGCUGCUGCCUGCUGGCUGCCCUGGCCUCCUGCUUCCUGCCCAUCGAGACCAAGGGCCGUGGCCUGCAGGAGUCCAGCCACAAGGAAUGGGGCCAGGAGAUGGUGGGCAGAGGAUCUCAUUCCCCAGGGGAAUCACAGGAAUGAUGGGACAUGGAAACCUGCUGGAAGAACGAAGGAUAGGAGCAAGAUGUCUCACAAAACCUCCGAGCCUGAAGCAUGGAAAGCUGACCACCGUCACUGCCAUCCUCACGUGUCAAACUGCAGGAGUUUGGGGUUGAACCUCAGCAAAUUGUGUUUCUGCUGCUCUUUGCUCACACUCAUAAAAACUUUUUUGGAUGGAGAGGCCUUUGAUCCGCAUAUCCUUGGAAGUUUAGCAGGAGGGGUUUCUCUUCAAUCCGUCGUGCUUGCAUGGUCAGCUCUUCAGCUUAAAAUGUCCUGUGCCAAGCGAAUGCCAAGUGACUGCAGCCCAGCAUCAGCUGUCAUUAAAACACUGAACUCUUGAUGCCUAAAACCAAGAGGUUCAUCUUUAGUGUGGCCCUGGCCUGGCACAGGGUGGAUUCCAUCCCUACCACUAUGGAUUUAAUGCCUGCCUUGCACUUUUAGCCAUCAAAACCAUCACCAAAAUGUGAUUCUGUCAAACCAACCCAGGCUUUCCAGCUGGGUUUUGUUCCUGGAGAGUGGAUUGCUUGGAAACUCAUUCCUGACUGUUUCUCCCAUCCCAGGUGGGUAGCUGGAGCAGGGAGGGUGGUGUUUGCUGCAGAGCUGGGACCUUGUAGCAGAAAUGUAAAUCAGAGUCAUUAAGGUUGGAAAAGACCUCCAAGCUCAUCGAGUCCAAUGCGUAAAUCCUCAUGUUUUGGAGCAGAAUUGGACUUCUCUGGCAUUGCCAGGGACCUUGAGCUCUCUGUUGCUUGGAGUGAGGAGGUUCUCACUCCUGGGGUUCUCUGUGUGGAUCCAGGUGUGUCCCUGCUCCAUUACCUGGGCACAUCCUCAUGGUGGGGUAGCCCCAGCCGGAGUCGGGAGCUGCUGUUGGGAUGACAGCUGGGCAGGACCUUUCCUGCUGAUUGUACAUUGACUGGUGACAAAGGAAUGUAGCUGGAACAAAUGAACAAAACCAUGGGAAGAGCCCAUCUGCAGUGCCCUCGGAUGAGGAACAUUCCUCCUUCAGGUGUGGCUCCUUAAGGGAUGAUCCCGCUCUUGUCAGGGAAUGUAACAGAGCUCAGGUGAGGACAAGCUCAUCUGGUUUGUCACAAACCUGUCCCUGGGCACAAGUCAGGUGGCACAGUCUGUGGGAAUGUGUAAAGAUCUGAGAUGUGCCUCAUCAAGGUCUCGGUGGAUGUUCAGGAUUCCAGACCUUGGGACACAACCAAAUGUGGGUGCGAUGGACUUGGUGAGGCUGUGGGAGCAGUGGGGGUUUGUGGCCUGAGCAAGUGACUCACCUGAACACAGGUAAAGGUGCAACACGUUUUUACACUUGAACAUUUUAAGUAUCUGGGAAGCAGGUCCCAUUCCUGGGAUCAGGAAUAGGCCUGCAAGUCCAUGUUUGGUGCAGUACAAGUGAGCACUGUGGGGCACAGCUGUCACUGAGGGUCACAGCUCUGAGGUCACUGCACUGCUCCACCACAUGCCAGGCUGCUUGUUUGGAGACUGAGGGGAAAACAGGAGUGGAAAAUUCCUUAAAGAAAGCCAGGAAACUCAGGCUGAUGGAAAAGGCCAAAGAGGUUGAAAUUGUGUGAGGGGGGGAUUUUUGCUGAGAACUGAGUUUGCCAAGGCACCAAGUGUCCAUCCAGUCCCACUGGAGGAUGGUGACUCAGUGAAGGAUUCCAGAAAUGGUUGGUGGAAACAGGCAAACUUGGCUUUUCCCAGCGAGAUGAAAAUGAAUUCAGCUCCCAAAGGGAUCCCUGGGAUCCCUGGGCUCAGCUGUGGGUGGUGGCACAGAACCCUCUGUCUGUUCCAGCUAGGUUGGUUCCCUUUGUGUCCCCUGUCCCUGUGUCCUCAUGCUCCACCAAAAUCAAGCUCCAAUUGAUCCCAGUAAACAGACAGGGCUCUCAUGGCACUGACACCAACCACAGCUCAUUUGUCACCUCCUUCUGCCUGGCUGGAGUUGGGGCCUUCUCCCUGUGUGCCUAGGUCACCCUGGAGCAGAGCCAGAGGGACUUGAUCCAUGGAAUACCAGAAUUCCAAAGUGAUUUCUGGGAGGCACCUUAAAGCUCAUCCAGGCAGGGACACUUUCCACUAGACCAGGUUGCUCCAAGCCCCAUCCACACCUGACCUUGAACACUUCCAGGGAUGGGGAACUUCUGUGGAGUGGCUUCUGAUGUGCUGGAUAUGGAGCACAGCAGUGAGGAAGCAGAUCCUGGAUGGGUUUAAUCAGAUAUUACCCCACAUGUGUGGCCAGUGAGCUGGAAAAGCUGCUGGGCUGGGACCUCCUGGAGCUGGGACCUCCUGGAGCUAGGACCUCCUGGAGCUGGGUCUGCCUGUGCACAGCCAGGCUGCUCACCCCUCAGCGACAGCUCUGACAUUCCAUCCUCAUCCUGCUGCUGCUGGAGGCCCUCGAGGCCAUUCCAGCCCCCCAGGUGUUUCCAUGCUUCCUUCCUUGGGCUUGCCAUGAGCUGUGUUUGCAUCCCAAAACUCUGGAAUUGAGCCUGGGUAGAGGUGACAAAGAGUCCAAAGUGCAGGACAGGCCAUGGCCCAGUUUGUUACUCAAUGCCUUGAGUUAAAAUUCUGCUUUCCUGGGGUAAUGUUCACAUCUCACUCCAUUUUUUUAGGUGAAUAUUCAGCAGUUUUAAAGAAUUGCAUUCAACGGCCUUUAGAGAGUUUUAGGUGAAGUUUCUCUGUUCAUGCACACCUGGAUCCUACAGAUAAGCUCCUUCCCAGGUAAAGAUUUAUAGGGAAUGCAACAUUUUCCAUGCUGUUGGAUAGAUCAGUUUUAACCUGUGACAUCUACAGUGUUAACCAAAAAAUGGAAGGCAUUUUUGCUUUUCACUUUUUACAAAUUCUGCACUAAAAAAAAAUCUGUUUGAGGAUAGAAAUACCAAGAUUGGUGUUGCUGGAUCUUUGAUUUUGUUAAAGCUUGAUCCAAAGCUCACUGAAAUCUGGGAAAAUCUCCCGUGGAUAUCCAUGGGCUUUGGAUCAGCUGAAUGAAAGGGAGAGGUAGGAGCCCACCACAGCUGAUCCCACCUGGCUGAAUCCAGCAGGAGCCCACUGGGCACUGCAGAAACAGAGCUGGAAUCGAGGAUUUGCAUGAAUUUGCAUAUAAUUAAUAAGAGAAGGCCAUUUUAGCUUGUUCACUGAGAACACAGGGGUUGACACACACCAGUUCUAAAUCACCACCUCUGGAUUGUAUCACUAGGGCAGCACCAUUUAGGUACAAAAUAAACUUCCAAAGAAUCCUUUUCCACACUGGGUAUUUUUCACUGGUAAAGGAAUUGAUGCAACUGCUUUGUUCCAAAUGGGAAAGUGAGAUCCUUUGGAAUUCAAACAGAAUUGUGGGAUUUGGUUUUGCCAAGCGUCCAAGAGAGCCAAGCUGUGGGGAUGUAAUUCCCCAAGUUUGCUUGGAUGGGAUGAUUUGUUAUUCCCAAAUACUUGCUGAAAGAGCAGUGAAUGUUUCCGUGUCUGAAUGUACAGUUUCUAAGCUGGAUUUACAUUUUAAUGUUGAAAAACUUGGUGUAUCUCAAGCUUGUUGUAAAAUACUCCUCUGGUUCCUGUUCCCAACGCGGCAUUGGAGAGUUGAAGUCCACAUUAGAUAUUUUAUGUUAAACAAAUAAAUAGUUUUUUCAGGAAA